AUGCCUCCCGCCGCAAUUACCACGAGCGCCCCGCCUCCCACGAACGGGAAGGCUGCUGCAGUCAAAUCGUCUGCGGAACCCAUCAUAAUCCCCUCGGGACGGCUCAAUGGGCCGAGCGACGUUGUGCCCGCCUGGGUCAAGCCUGACCUCACUCGCCUCCUCCGCGUCGAACACCUAGAAGGCGACUUCGCAGCACGUUCCGUCUCUCUCGUGGACCUGCCCGCCGGUGCCACUUUUGCGCGCAUAUCGAACCCGACCCCUGCGAAGUGCGCAUACACCUCGGUCCAAGCAUCGCGAGAUCUACACAUUGAGUUGAAUUGCGAUCUGGUAUACAUAAACCACUCUUGUCGACCUACGCUGGUUUUCGACAUGCAGAGAUGGGAGGUUCGCGUCAACCCAGAUCUAAAAGAAGGUUUGAAGGCGGGCGACGAGCUCACCUUCUUUUACCCGAGUACGGAGUUUGAUAUGUCGCAGCCAUUUGACUGCCGCUGCAAGGAAAAGAAUUGCCGGGGAACUAUUUCGGGAGCAAAGGAUAUGUCGCUAGAGGUCUUGCGCCAGUACUGGCUGAACCCACAUAUCGAGGAGUUACUGCAAGAGAGGAUAGCAUAA